GGCGGAGGCCCAGCGGCCGGAGCAAGCGCCCCGAGGCCUGGCACGGCCCCUCCCCUACGCCCCCUGCGCCCCUGAGCGCCCGGCGCCGCGGCCCGCCCGGCCCGAGCAUGGAGACAGCAGAAAAGGAGUGUGGCGCCCUGGGCGGGCUCUUCCAGGCCAUCGUCAACGACAUGAAGAGCUCCUACCCCAUCUGGGAGGACUUCAACUCCAAAGCCACCAAGCUGCAUUCCCAGUUGAGGACCACUGUGCUGGCUGCUGUGGCCUUCCUGGAUGCCUUCCAGAAAGUGGCUGACAUGGCCACCAACACCAGAGGGGCCACGCGGGACAUUGGUUCAGCACUCACGCGCAUGUGCAUGCGCCACCGCAGCAUUGAGACCAAGCUGCGGCAGUUCACCAAUGCGCUGCUGGAGAGCCUCAUCAACCCACUGCAGGAGCGCAUCGAGGACUGGAAGAAGUCAGCCAACCAGCUGGACAAGGACCACGCGAAAGAGUACAAACGAGCCCGUCAUGAGAUCAAGAAGAAGUCGUCAGAUACACUGAAGCUGCAGAAGAAAGCGCGCAAAGGGAAAGGAGACCUGCAGCCCCAGCUGGACAGUGCCCUGCAGGACGUCAAUGACAUGUACCUGCUGCUGGAGGAGACAGAGAAGCAGGCUGUGCGCCGGGCCCUCAUUGAGGAGCGAGGCCGCUUCUGUACCUUCAUCACCUUCCUGCAGCCUGUAGUGAAUGGCGAGCUGACCAUGCUGGGCGAGAUCACCCACCUGCAGGGCAUCAUCGACGACCUGGUGGUGCUGACCGCGGAACCCCACAAGCUGCCUCCCGCCAGUGAGCAGGUAAUCAAAGACCUAAAGGGCUCAGACUACAGUUGGUCCUACCAGACCCCGCCCUCAUCACCCAGCAGCUCCAGCUCCCGGAAGGCCAGCAUGUGCAGCCUGGCGCAGCCAGCCACCACCACCCGCCUCUCCAGUGUCUCCUCGCACGACUCUGGCUUCAUCUCCCAGGAUGCCACCUACUCCAAGCCUCCCUCACCCAUGCCUUCAGACAUCACCAGCCAGAAGUCCUCCAGCUCUGCGUCUUCCGAGGCUUCAGAAACCUGCCAGUCUGUUAGCGAGUGCAGCUCCCCCACCUCGGACUGGACAAAGGCCGGCCCCCAUGAGCAGCCCUCAGGCACCACCCUGCAGCGUAGGAAGGACAGAGUUGAGCUCCUUCGAGAUGCAGAGCCAGGGCCCGCUAGCACAGGCCCCCUGGGUCCCAGCGGAGAGGAGACACCACGACCCCGGAUGUCCCCUGCCACCAUUGCAGCCAAGCAUGGUGAGGAGGUGUCCCCCGCAGCCAGCGAUCUGGCCAUGGUACUGACCCGUGGCCUGAGCCUGGAGCACCAGAAGAGCAGCCGGGACUCUCUGCAGUACUCCAGUGGCUACAGCACGCAGACCACCACACCCUCAUGCUCCGAAGACACCAUCCCCUCCCAAGGCUCCGACUAUGACUGCUAUUCCGUGAACGGUGAUGCAGACGGCGAGGGCCCUCAGGAGUUUGACAAGUCGUCCACCAUCCCACGCAACAGUAACAUCGCCCAGAACUACCGCCGCCUCAUCCAGACCAAGCGCCCGGCCUCCACUGCCGGGCUGCCCACCGCCGGGCUGCCCACUGCUACGGGCCUGCCCUCAGGUGCACCCCCUGGCGUGGCCACCAUCCGCCGCACACCCUCCACCAAGCCCACUGUGCGCCGCGCCCUGUCCAGCGCUGGCCCCAUCCCCAUCCGGCCACCCAUCGUCCCCGUGAAGACACCCACAGUGCCCGACUCCCCUGGCUACAUGGGGCCCACACGGGCAGGCAGUGAAGAGUGCGUGUUCUACACAGACGAGGCCGCCUCGCCUCUGGCCCCGGACCUUGCCAAGGCCUCCCCAAAAAGGCUGAGCCUGCCCAACACGGCCUGGGGCAGCCCAUCUCCUGAGGCGGCCAGCUAUCAUGGGGCCGGGACCAGGCUGGCACCAGAGGACGAGGAAGAGCAGCAGCUGGCCGCCAACAGGCACAGCCUGGUGGAGAAGCUUGGGGAGCUGGUGGCCGGUGCCCACGCCCUGGGUGAGGGCCAGUUUCCCUUCCCCACCGCCCUGUCUGCCACCCCCACCGAGGAAACACCCACUCCACCCCCUGCUGCCACCAGUGACCCCCCAGCUGAAGACAUGCUGGUGGCCAUCCGGCGUGGGGUCCGGCUCCGCAGGACCGUCACCAAUGACAGGUCGGCGCCCCGCAUCUUAUGAUAGUGCCAACCUCCCCACCCUGCAUGGCCCUGGUGCAGGCAGGUGGCCUUGGUCUGUGAGCCGCGGGCCACGCAGAAUGCGGGUAUAGCCAGAGCAAGAGCAGCGCCAGGAAUGAGGCAAAGCCACUUUGCAGAGAAACACACCCGGGCUGGGUCUUGGUCUCAGCGUUUAACGGGAAGUGACUUUCACAAACCUCACCAGGACAGAGCCUG